AUGUGUGUUGACAAAUUCUGCAUCAUUUGGCUUGAUGCUAAUGCGAACACUGAAGAGAUCCAAAAUGCAGAACAAAAAUUGGCCUCUAUUAUUAAUCAUUUCGAGGAGUUUCAAGAUAAAGAACAAUGCCAGAAAUAUAUUGAAACACGAUCAGAAAAGGAUCGACUAGUAAUAAUCGUUAGUGGUCGAUUCGGAAAAGAAAUAGUACCUUCUGUUCACUACCUUCCACAAGUUAUGUCAAUUUAUGUGUACUGCAUGGAUAAAAAACUUAAUGAACAAUGGGCUUGUAAAUUCGCAAAAGUAAAAGCUGUUGUUGUUCAGUUUGAUGAACUUAUUUCUCGAAUUGAAACUGAUCAUCAAGUUCACAAAACGGUGAAAGAAUCAUUUUCAAUCAAUAGUUUUACUACAAGUGUUGAUGCAGGUAACUCUACAAUAGGCGUAAACGGUCUGUUUCUUUUUUCAGAAGGACGGGUUGAUUUCCUUAAAGUUGAAGCUCUAAAGUGUAUUACUUUAGCUUUAACUGUUGAACUUUAA